AAAUGCAAUGAAACGAUGACUAGGCACUUAGGGGGCGUGGCCAGAUUGUGUGUUAUUUGUAUCUCACACUACACAAAACCAAGAGCAGUUCAGCACAAACUUUACUCAGUGUCACUGCGCGGGGUUUGGUCCACUAUGUAUCCUCAGUUUAGACUUGGCGAGUCUCGGUUUGAUCAGGGGUCCUUUUAUGGGAGAUUAAGACAUUUCCUGGAUGUGAUUGACCCUCGCACACUCUUUGUAUCAGAGAGUCACCUAAAUAAAUGUGUGAAACUCUUAGAACACUUUAAAGAUGGCACUCUACCCAUAGGUGUGACAAAUGCACAGCUUUGGGAGGCUCAGAAGGUAAAACAGGCCAUCUUUCAUCCAGACACUGGAGAGAAGAUCCCCAUGCCCUUUCGCAUGUCAGGUUAUAUCCCCUUUGGUACACCAGUGGUUGUGGGUCUUCUACUUCCCAGUCAGACCCUGGCCUCUACUAUUUUCUGGCAGUGGCUGAACCAGAGCCAUAAUGCUUGCGUGAACUACUGCAAUCGCAAUGCAUCUAAGUCUACAGGGAUGACGAAAUUCUUUCAGGGAUACCUCGGUGCAGUCAGCAGUGCAGUGAUGAUUGCAGUGGGAUUGAAAGUUCUGAUUCAGAGAGCCAAGCAUUUCAGCCCAGCCACACGACUUCUGGUUCAAAGAUUCAUCCCUUUUCCUGCAGUUGCAAGUGCCAAUGUGUGCAAUGUGCUGCUGAUGCGCCACAGCGAGCUGUCUGAAGGCAUCAGUGUGCUGGAUGAGCAUGGUAACAUAGUGGCCACCUCUAAGCUGGCAGCCAGACGCGCUGUGUUGGAGACAGCCAUGACCCGUGUAGUCCUACCCAUGCCUAUCCUGAUGCUUCCACCUAUGCUGAUGGCCAUGCUGGAGAGACUCCCCUUACUGCAGACGCACCCUCGCCUUGUGCUGCCUGUACACAGCGUGGUAUGUCUCUGUGCAUUCAGUCUGGCUCUGCCCCUUGCCAUCAGUCUGUUCCCGCAGAAUAGCCAGAUUCAUGUAUCUCAGCUUGAGCCAGAGAUCUCUGCAGCAACUGAAUGCAAGUUCCUAACCUACAACAAAGGCCUUUAACCAAUUAACCAUCUUGGCACUAGGCGAUAAAUGACUCAGGAAACCUUCAUAACAUGACUCGGAUGCGUUUGUGGAUUGUUUAAUCACUUGUACACCGUGACAGGUGCAUUCACACACCAGUGCUAAUCACGUGUCUUCUUUGCAAUCAAGUACACCAUUGAAUAGUCUAGGACAUUACUGCCAAAUCACCAUGAAAUUAGCAUGAGAAUGACAGAAUAUGUGCCUUAAUUUUCUCUAUUGCAGGUAUUUUGUAAAAUGCUCGAUAAAUGUAAACUGUUUCCAUUUACUCAAUACUUAAUCAAUGUCUAUCAGAGAAAAUGUGAUGUUAUGAUUUUGGAGAUAGAAUUCAAAGACAGUGUUGACAGUUUAGUAAAUUAUCUAAUGUUUAACUUGUCCUGCAGUGCAGGCAUUCAGAUAUGAGCUUGGUUUGUUCCUUAGAAGCCAUACGAGAAAAGAAUUCUUUUGUACCUGUACACACUACACUAAGACCAGCUUGAAUACCUAACAGAUCAGUGUUGUAAAUAACUGCCCUUUAUGACUGGUAUAACAGACUAAUAACAAAAAUACACAGCAGUGACACUACAUCGUGGCAAAUACUGUAGAAGUAUAAUUGCCUAUGCUAAGUUUAUUUCCAUAUCAAAAUUAAAUGUUACCUAUUGUCUAAAGCUUUCUCCGUUACCUACAUGCUAUACCACUUGUGUCUCCAUUGAUGCGGAAAAUUGCUACUUAUAGCCUGCUUUGUCAUACUGUGUCCCAAUUUGUUAAGACUUUUCUGACAUAGCUUAGUCUUGACUAACUGAACAGCUACAAAAACUCUUUAACAGUCCACUAACCACAAAUAUUUCACCAAGUUCUGUCUUAAUAUGCCUAUGGCAUUGGUAUAUAUAAAGUAAAGUUAUCUUUAUUUGCCUAA